CAUUGAGAUACACCCAAGAAGAAAUAGGAAAUAUUAGUGGGAUAGAUCAGUCGAUGGCAUCCAUCCUUCAAGAAUUUGUUUCUUUAUAUUUUCUUUAUCUGAUAUAGAGCUGGUCUAUUCCCCUCCUAAUAGUUUAUCAACAAAGAUAAAUCAUCUUAUUUCAGAUGGAUUCAAGUGAGAACCUCAGUGCUUCAGAUGAAGAAUUGGAGACAGGCAACCAUGGAACAGAAGAAAUUCAGCAACAACUGCAAAUUCUUCAAUCUCUCAUCCCCAAUUCAACCCAGACUGAUGCAAGAUCGAUCCUCGAAGACGCUUCAGAUUAUUUGCUAAGAAUUAAUCAAGAGAUAGAGAAAACUGAGAAAGAACUAUCACAAAGAACAGAAGGAGAUGGGAGCUCAUCAGGAAGAGGGACAGGGAUAAAUGCUACUACUACUACUACUCCAGUUCCCCACAUACUGAGGCAUGUGAGCUGUAAAUUAAAACAGGUGGAAACAGAGAAACUGAUGGGGAACAGAUUUGUAGUGAAGAUCAUUUGGAAGAAAGGAGCAGGGGUAGCUGCUCACGUGCAACGCGUGAUUGAGUCCUUGGAGUUGAAGGUUAAGAUGACUUCUAUUAAUAUAGUUGACGAGAAAAACCCUCAUGAGAUGAUAACCACAGUAUUCCUCGAGGCGAUGAACGAGACGCCAAUAACUGAAGAGGAGCUCCAUGAUCAGAUAAUGGCCACAGCUGCAAGGCUUGGUGUUACAUAAUCAUAAUUUGUUGUUAGGACGAGUAUGGGUACGUUUGUAAACAACCACAUGCAUGCUUCUUUUUUUUAAGCAUAUGUGAAAGUUGUUCAUUGUUCAAGGAGUUUUUAAUGUGGUUUAGAUAAGGGGAGUUUAUAUGUUGCUUGACCAUAAGACCUAUUGAAAUCUUUCACCAUUUCUCAGGUACUAAGUUGGGUAAUUAGCAAAGGUAGUGUGGAGAGUUAAGGUCAUGAAUCUAAUGCCUAAGAAAUUGGGAUGUGAGGUCAUGGAGUAAGUCAUUAAACAUUUAGCACAGUUUUCUAUAUUAUUCUUACAGUUCUUGUUGCUUGUAA